GGCAACACACGGGGUAGUGGUGAAGGGCUUAGAUGGAGCUCAGAGACAAAGGGGUAUCCCUCAGGAUCUCUACUGGGACCAGUGCUUUCAAUGUCUCCAUCAACGACACAGACAGUGGGGUCGAGGGCAUCCUCAGCACACUGGCAGAUGACCCUGAGCUGAGCAGUGCAAGUGUGAGACACCUGGGAGACAGGAUGCAAUUCAGGGGCACCUGGACAAGUUCCAGAAGUAGGCCCAUGGGAGCCUCAGGAGGACCAAGGCGGCCAAAUACAAGGUCCUGAACAUGGGCUGUGGUAAUUUCAGUAUCAGUCCAGAAGUGAGCUUGUCCCGCUCUUCUCUUUCUGCUCCCAAGUCUUGCUAUCAAGCCCUUCACUCCCAGCCUGUAUUGAGACUGGGGGUUUUCCCAGCUCAUGUGUAGGACCUCCUGAGAUUCCCAUGGACCCACUUCUCAAGCGUGGCCAGGUCCUCCAGGAUGGCCCCAUCCUUUAGGUGUGUCACCAGUCCUGCUCAGCUUCCUGCCACCUGCCAAGGGGCUGAGGGUGUGCUCCACCUCACCGUGCCCUUGCUAAGGUGUCAAGGAGCACUGGUCCAAGGCAGGGCCUGAGGUACACCACGCCUCACUGGACACAGAACCACUGACUACAGCUCUGUCUGUGUCUGUUGGUUCAGUGUUCCUGUGACACCUCUCCAAAUCUGCCUCUUUGGGUUCUCUCCAAGGGUGGAUUUCAUAAUCUUGUUUAGUUUCAAUCUUACCAAUUCUCUGGUUCCCUCAAUGUCUCUUUAAUCUGUUGUUCAGUUUCCACCAAGCUGUACUCAGGACUUAACAGGUUGAAGAUAAACCAGGUUUUGGAGAAGAAAAUGGUUGUGAAAAUUCCCAAGCAUGUGGGAAAUGAAAUGUUCUCAGAGGAGAUUUUUGCUCUGCCCUUUGCUGUUCCACCCUUGACCCACAUUAAAGUAAUUAAGGGCAGAGGCCUGAGCUGCUGUGGGGUUGCAAAUGCUGUUGGCUGCUAGCCACAGCAGCAGAAAGCAGAGAAAUCAUUACAGGAGAGGAAACAGACUUGUUUUGUUGGAAUAAAGAUCAUUCCAGGGCUUCAGAUUUUGUGUAUGAGGCUGGUGGAGAGGAGAGAAGCAAAGUCUGUCAGCUCACACUCUGCACUGCCAGCUCAGCUUCAACUCUACAGUAAUUUUUGGGUUAUACUGAAUCAGAAAAGUCCCAUUCCCUCCCUCCAAGCCCCCUGACUAGGGACAUGGCUGCUUUGGAUUCUGGAAUUUUACUCCAAGCAGAGAGAUGAUUUUCACUGCAACUUGAACAAUAAUUUGGGUUACAGCAAGAACUGGAGCCUUUGGGGCAUAAAACACUGCUGAGUUUUGAGGAAGGUGCUUAGUGGGUGACUGUUGCCCUCUUCUGGGGGAUCAGGAAUGCUGUUCUCCUGGUGUCUGUGUUAAUCCAAACCCACAAAAUUCCAGAAAUCAUUUACAGAUUUGAGGACCUGAGCUUGAUGUCAGAACCGAGCUGGGGCACGUUGAUCCUUCUCCAUCUGUGUGACAUCCAUGUGUGUUUCCAUAUAAGCAAGGAAGUCAUGGAGAAAUGGAUUUGAUUCCUGGCAGCUUUUGCCAUUAAUGACACCCCCCGUGCCUUUCAACACACGCCUUUUAAUUAGGGGCUGCAAAGAGCAGAGAUGACAUUUCAUAGCUGGGCAUGUGCAGGUGCAGCCUAGGGUUCUCUGCCUUGGUCCUUAGCUCUCUCCAAAGCCCUGACAGGAGUGGGAUCACAAGGGACAGGACCAGGGGAAAGGGCCUCAAGCUGUGCCAGUGGAGCUUUAGGUUGGAUGUUGGGAACAUCUCUUUGUGCAAAGGGUGGUCAGGCACUGAAAGGGGCUGCCCAGGCCAGUGGUGAAGUCACUGUCCCUGGAAAUGUUCAAAAAAGGUGUGGAUGUGGCAUCUGGGGACAAGGUUAAUGGUGAACAGCCUACCACCAGAUCCUGGGUUGAUGGUUGGACUCAAUGAUCUUAGAGGGCUUCUCCAACUUUAACAAUUCCAUGAUUAUGUGAUUACACUCCACGUUCCUGGGACUCCCAGAAUAAGCAACUGUCUGGGACAGUUUUGGUUUUUUUUUUCUAUCUUCUUCCAAACUUCUUUUUUUACUUCCAGUUCUGCAGGAAGUGGCCAGAAUUAUGGGGACUUUCAGGUGUUGCCUGAGCUCAGUCUCCACCAUUUAUUUAUUGCAGUUUGGAGCAUUUUGCCCGCCUGUGUCACAGCCAGUGUCUCAAAGUGGGAGCAGUCAUAAAUCCCAGGAUCUGCCUGGGUGUGACUGGCCAGCUGUACUACUGAGCAGAUAAGUGAGAGUCCCCUCAGGGUUUAUGAUAUGUCAAUAGAAAGUCUGGAUUAAUGGAUUACCAGCAUUAUGCUGUAUGAAGUCUUUAUAAAGCUCUGACUGCUGGGCAGUCUGAGACCUCAGGAGAAGAGGGAAAGUCUGAGAGACACAAAAAAGGCAGAGAAAGGCCAAAGGCAGAGGAAAUAAGAUCUGUCCAGGUCAGGAGAGGCUUGGCUUUGCAGGCACUAUGAAAAGCUUUCUUUCCUGGACAGUCCUGGCAGUCCUUGUCCUGGUGCACAUCUCCCAGGCAGUCUAUGUUCAGGAUGGAGACUUGAGAUUCCCCCUGGAGUCCGUGAAGAAGCUGAAGGAGCUCAUGGAUGGCAACAGACGCAUCAACCCUCGCAUGAUGAUUCCCAUGGCCAGCUAUUCCCCCUGCCAAGAAAAACACCUCCCUGAGGAAUUCCGGCCUGUGUGCAAGAGGGAAGAUGCACUCAUGAUUUUUAGGAGGCUGAGCCUGGCUGCUGAGGAUGACCUCUGUGAGAUCUGUGCCAAUGCUGCCUGCGCCGGCUGCUUCUGAGAAGGUGGGAAAACCCACAAAAGACACGUCCAGCUGGGAAGUUUGUGCAUUCCUGUGGCAAGAUCAUGUACUUUCACCAAUCAAUAUUCCUGGGCUUCAUCUCCCACUCCAGCCAAGCUGGAGCUGCCUGCUCGUGAGGACAUCCCUGCAGUCUUGCAGCACCUGGAUCAGGUGCCACCAGCAGAGCAGAUCUGCCAGCACAGAGGCUGGGACUCCUCUGAGAGGUUCCAGUGCUGCAGGAGUUGGGUGUCACUGGAAUGGAAAUGCCCUGGGUUUCAUUUCCCACUAUUUUGCCUGGAUUUGAACAAGCUGUGUGAAACUCAGCAUCCCCUGCAGCCUUUUUAAUGGCUGAUAUCUAAUAUUUAAUGUCCAAUAAGUAGUAUCUAAUCAUUAAUAUCUGCCUGUGAUUUGGCCUCCCCUACACACAACAUCACUGGGUUAUUCCCUUUCCCAGUCCCUCCUUCCCAGUGUGUUGGAUCCCUUUCCCUUCCACCUGUCUGCAGGUGACACCUCUGAGUUUGUAGCAGAACUGCAAUAAGUAACUCGAGCUGAAUUCCUGGUGUUUAGGAACACUCUGACAGCCAGAAAUCAGCCUGUUCCUUGUACUGAUUGCUGUUGAUUUAGGGAAUGGGUGUAGAGCAGCACAGGAACACUUCUUCACUGGCUGGAAUAUCAAGGUUCUUUAAACUCUCUUUGAGAGAAAGGAAUUCCAAAGUGCAGUGCUAGAAUCACACUGAAAUGAAAGCAUUGCCUGUUGUUUUAUUUAUUGGUGGCAAGAUUGUGAAGAAAUUAUCUGUCCAUGUUUAUAUGCUGUAUAGACAAUAAAAAACUAGUAAUAAUUUGGA